AAGAUUAAUAGGAUGAAUGGCGUAACGCAAAUCCCACACGUCUCGAGAGUGUCAUAAAAAGCAAAGACACUUCUCUCCUCUAUACGCUACCAAUCAAUCAAAUAUCGAAGUCCGUUUCUCUUUCAAUCUUCGUUUAGAAAGCAAUCUCACACCUCUCUUCCCGGCGACAUCGAAGAUCAGCUACAUCCAUCCAUGGCGAUAAGGUCAGUGAAAGUUGGAAAUCUCUCCUCAAGAGCAACAGAACAUGAUGUCAAAGAGUUUUUCUCCUUUUCUGGUGAAGUUGAAAGUAUUGACAUCCAAGGUAGCGAGCAUAGUGCUUACGUCACAUUCAAAGAUCCUCAAGGAGCAGAGACCGCUGUGCUCUUAUCUGGUGCGAGUAUUGCUGAUCAAUCAGUCACCAUUGAGAUGGCUCCUAACUACACUCCACCUGCUGCCCCUCACACUGAAACACAGAGCGGUGGUGCCGCGGAAUCCGUUGUCCAGAAGGCAGAAGAUGUUGUGAGCAGCAUGUUAGCAAAGGGUUUCAUCCUCGGGAAAGACGCCGUCGGCAAAGCAAAAGCAUUUGAUGAGAAACUCGGUUUCACUUCAACAGCAACCGCAGGAGUUACUUCCAUAGACCAAAAGAUCGGUCUAAGCCAAAAAUUCACAGCUGGUACAACUUUGGUGAACGACAAGAUCAAAGAGGUGGAUCAAAGCCUCCAGGUUUCAGAGAGGACCAAGUCUGCAUAUGCUUCGGCUGAACAGACGGUGAGCAGCGCAGGAAACGCUGUGAUGAAAAACCGUUAUGUGUUAACCGGUGUGACCUGGGCAGCAGGAGCGUUCAGCAGAGUUGCUAAAGCUGCUGGAGAGGUUAGUCAGAAAACAAAAGAAAAGGUUGAAGCUGAGCACCCGCCACAACCUUCAGAGUCACAGCAGCAAUUACCGGAAGGGUAUGCUCCGAUUCAUUCGUCUGAAUACUCCAAGAAAUAAACCUCAUCACAAUUAAAAAGUUUUUUUUUCUCUUUCUUGUUGGUUACUUUGGUAUGUUAUAACAUAAAAAGCUAUGCUUGGAUCUUGUCUAUAUAUUCAAUAAUCUAAACAGUUAUUACAUAGAAAUAAAUGUAAAGACAGAAAUUCAAACUAACCCGUUCACACCAGCUUCAUUCAGUAGAGGAUCAGUAACUCAGUUUCCAAAGGGAAGAUGAGUUUGACCGGUUCGUUGCAUACUUCAAAUCCGGCGAUAGAUUCAAAGAAAGAUUGAGUUUCGAAAGUGCAGAUCUCAAAUAGUUCAAGAGGAUUCGAUAUCUGGAGUUUUUCUUCUUCAGUACUUCAAUGUAUGCGUGUAAGCCAAGCCAUAUCACUUCUUCUCUGCACAGUUCAAGAACUGGUCUGAAACUAGAACCAGUGUUGAUUCUGUGCGUCCUUCUAUUUAUGAGUUUGAACAUGUACCUAUAAAUUGGAUU